AUGGGCAACAAGAUCUCCGCGGUACACGGCGUGAAGUCAGACCAUUUCUACGACCAAGGAAACGCCGUCAACGAGAUAUGGGUGGGCGACGUUGAAGUCAUUUCGCGUUUACCCUUCGGCGAUUCCGACCUUGAGCAGGCCGGCUGGCCUAAGGGAGACUUCCCAAAGAUCCCGUGGCAUCAUUUCAUUAUCCCAAUGCAAAAGCGAGACGAAGCCAGCAACAUGACUGCCAGUGUCCCCUCAUGCGCUAAGACGAUUACUUGUGAUACUUGCCAAGACUGGCUACCAAAGCAUGGGUACCUGGGCAUGUACACGAGCAUCUCCUCAUCUGCUGCGUAUUUCAUCGGGGCGUUGUUCCUUAUCGUCGCUUUCGGCACGUACCUGUAUUUUAUGUCGGGUGUCGUCACUUCUUUUUUCAAUUGGCAAUAUCUACGGGAGGCGUCACAUCUUUACCCAGAUCCAGCCGCGAUCAGGCGUAUGGCUAAGCACAACCUUUGGGUUGACCUCGGCGAACUAUUCAUAGUGGGUGCUCUUUCUAUCCUCUGUUUGGUGCUGGGCGUGCCUGCUGUCGCUGCUGGCACAAGCAAAAUGAAUGCUGCCGCAUUCGUUUUGAUGAAUGGGCUUGCGAGUGGUAUUGUUGGUGUCACCGGCCUCUUCGUGAUCCCAUUUGCCUUGCUGUGGUGGACAAAAAAGCCACGCAACGUGAAUCCCAUCGCUUCGUGA